AUGGAUCACUUCUCGCCCGUGGCGCCCGCCCACAAUCACAUGCUGGUCUUGCCAGUCGGCCGCCGUCUAGAACGCUCCCGCUUCACGGCCUUCCUCCGCCGCCUGCAGACCGAAUCCAGCAUCAUCCCCCUCUCCGACGUCCACCACCACAAGUCCGACACCGAUGCCUUCUUCCUCUCCCCCAACGCCUUUCCUCACGGCUCCUUGCUCUACCGCUUCUCCGCUGCACCUCCCUCCGACCAGCACCAGCACUUGUCGCCCUUUGACCUUUUCCGCGAGCCACUCCUGGUCCUCGGUGUCGUAGAUGGCUCGCAGCGCUCCCCCGAGAGCACUCACAAAGAGCUGGAGGACGCCGCCGCAUACCUGAAGGAGAGACAUCCGCGCGUGGUCCAUCGCCAAUUGCUGAUAUUGGAAGGUCAGGAUGGAGAUACAGUUGCCUCGUCUCCUUCCGCUGCCAUUGGCGUUGCCAAUGCGGACACACCCAACGAUCCCUCUCUCCGAGCAGCCAUCUGUGAAGUCUCGGCGCGUUUCUUGGUGGAGCUCACGACCUAUGCAACGGCCAUGCACGCUUCACCUACCGUCCAGACCCCGGGUCAGACUGCUCGCAGCUUGCAGAGGACUACCUCGCUGCGGGAGACCGAGAGAAGGCCCGAUUCCAGGCAGUCCACUCCUCCGCCGAGCGUGUCCACUCCUACCGACGAAGCCAGUCCAGCCAGACCUGCUUCACGCCCACCUCCCUUACCUGCAACCUCGUUCGAUCAGAUGCCCGGUGCCAACAGUGCACACACCGGCAUUGCAAGGUCCGAUAGCAGGGCGAGCGAUCAGAGCAGCAAGGGCAAGAGAGGUACCCGCUCGUUCAGUCCAGACCGCGUCUCUGUCCAGGGCUUCGGCUCCAGCGCGUCGCAAGAGAAGGCCCGUAUCAGGGGAAAGGCGCGCGUAGGAAUUGUCCUUGGCUCGUUGUACAUGAUGGCCGGCAAUUGGAACGGUGCGCUAGGUCUGCUGAUUGAGCAUACGGGAAAAGCACGUACUCUCGGUGACAACCUCUGGCAUGCAAAAGGUAUGGAGAACAUGCUGGUGUGUAUGAUACUACUCGCGUGGUCCGGUAUCGAGCUGCAAGUGCCCUCGAUUUGCGAUCCCAUUGUGGACCGCUCGGGCGCAGAGCGAGCGGCACGAAUCGCAGCAGAGACCAAAGCUGCAGCAGAAGGUACGAAGCAGCAGUUGCAGCUCUUCCGACUCUCACUUGCCAUUCCCGAUCUGAUCAAGUUGAUCCUGAACCUCUAUCGUUCCACGGAAGGCUCGCUGGAGCUUCCAUUCUUGACUGUGGCAGAAGCGACCGUCCGCCUCUCCAAGCUGUCGGCGAUGAUGAGCGCAAACGGAGGGCACAUGGAUCCAGCCACUCUACGGCCUCUCAUUGUAAGCAACGAGGCAACGAUCGACGAGGACGCCGUCGAGGCCAAAGCAUAUAGACCUACUGCAGCGAGCAAGCCAAAGCUGAUGCCCAGAAGCGCCAUUGCUGAGUUGCUGACUCAAGCGCUGCCCCAUGGGGAAGACGGAUUAGCAGUCGGCGACCAGAUCAGAAUACUGGCCGGCGUAGCAUCUGUCUAUGCCCUGCUCGGCAUGGAUCGCAAGAAGGCCAUCAUCGUCAAGGACCUCGUCGUUCGACUUACAGGAGCGAUGAUCCAAGCCCGAAAAUUAGGCGCUGCGGAGAUGGGCAUCCAUCCCGCUGCGAGCCUUUCUACCGAGACCGGUGCUGAUACGCUCCUCGCGAUUGUUGAAGAGAGCCGUGGUGUGAACGACCUCAUUGCAGAUGUGUCAAGGAUAUACGGCGCAAACGUGACUCCGUCGUCCACGUCGGACAGGCCUCUCUAUCCCGAUGUGAAAGAAUUUGGAAACCCUCACUUGAAAUUCGAUCUGCUCAAGGAGCUGGUGGGGUUCUGUGAAGCCUCGCCGGAUCCAUACGGCGUGCUACUACUGACCGCCUCGCUCUUGAGAGCCGCCGGACCCAAUGCAGCGAUCGAUACUGCACCGGCGGCAGUCCAGAAUGCCUUCUCCCGCGAAGAGCAGAUGCAGAUUGCGACUGUGAUCAGCCGUACUGUUGCCGUAUCCAAACACCUCGGAUUGAAGGACGUGCAAGCUGUUUAUUGGGACCCAUUCCUGGUUCGCGGCGUGGAUAUUCUCCCGCCAAGCGGCCAGCGAGCGGUGAUUGAUCGUACCAAACUGAGCAACAUCGAUGCACCUCGGGGCGAGACUGGUCCGGGCAAUCCUCUCCUGUACGACCCAAACGCGAGCCGGCCAGGGACAGCCGUGACGAAGCAAACCUUUGUGUUGGUACAGAAUGAGCCAUCUGACUGCAUUGUAACACUGCAGAAUCCGUUCGACAUCCCUAUUGAUAUCGAGGAGCUGGAACUUAUCUCGGAAGGCGUCGAGCUCUGCUCGAGGCAUGACCCUGUUACACUCGGUCCUCUGAGAAUACAGAGAGUGCGUCUGGGUGUUAUAUCUGCGGACGUUGGCACUACCAAGGUCACUGCUUGCCGGGUCAGGAUGCAUGGGUGCUCGUCUCAGGUCUUCCCAGUCAUUCCGCAGGCGUGGUCUAUAAAGACUCCACUUACAAUAAAAGAUGUCGGUCCGAGUGCGCGAUCCGAUCAGUCGGAGCACGACACGGAGGAAGAGCUGAAAGCCCUCGGCAUUGUACCCGAGUCCCUCGCGGUUGCUAUUAUCGAUGCACUUCCAACUCUUGCUCUGGGGGACGCUUCCGAUCUGGAACUCGGCCUGAUGCUCCUGGACGGAGAAGAGUCGCAUCUUGAGCUCACACUGAGCAAUACGGGAAGCAUUGCGGCUUCUGUUUUCGAAAUCGCGGACACUGGUGAUGUUUUGCGAUGGUCUGGCGGCGAGGCAUCGGUCGGACCAAGCGCAAGCUCCUUGUCGCCUCCAAUGGCGAAUACAGUCAUCGAGCCCGGCCAGAAUGCAACCUUUGCCUUCCAGGUCACCGGCAGAGCAGGCGUGUCCGGUUCUCAAGUCAAUUUCUUUUAUUGUGCCGCUGGGUCGGACGCCGUGAAGCACGCGCGCGUCGUCUCGGUGGAUGUAGACCUCACCGUGAACGCCGCUUUGCAAGUGCACAAUCUCGAGAUUGCACAAGGCGAGAGCGGCGACGACAUGCUGCUCGUGUCGUUUGAUCUGCGCAAUGCGUGGCCGAAGUCCAUCUCUUACAAGUCACUUGUUGACGGAGCGGCGAACUUUCAGGAGGGGCUUGGCGACUUUCCUGACCAGCAGGGCCUUCUCGCCCCCGGUGAAGUUCGCCGAGUAUUUCUGGAAGUGCAGCAUUCGCCUGGCGAGGCCAUGUUUGAGGAAAGUAUGGAGGUCGUUCGUACUGCUUUCUUGAGCCGUCUGCAGGUGUGUUGGGAAGUCGAUGGCCGUCGCGGCGCGGUUGCUUUCCCAAGCUUUACGCUCUCGUCCGAGUCGAUGGAGUUGCUGCGCGGAUCUCCAAUCCGCCUCUCGCUUGAAAUUGCAAAAGAGGAUGGUGCCGAAAGUGAGGGCAUCGCGGUCGGGUCCUUUGUCCGCAUUCGGGCGACGCUGUCGUACCGAGGGAAAGAUGGGAGCGGUCCUCUGUCUGUCGUGCUGUCGCCUCGAACUCUGCAUUUGCGACGCGAUGAAGGGAGGCUGGCGGUUGUCGGGACGUUGAAGCGCGUGCGGCCGCCGCUCAAAGCUGGUGGUGAGGAUGUCGUGGAAUUCGUCGUGGUGCCUCUGGUUUCGGGGGAAGCAAUGGGGAUGGAAGCGGUUGUUCGUCCUGCUCACUUGGCGCCUCCGGCCACAGAUCGUCCGGAGUGGAUCGCACGGCGGACGCUGGUCUUUCCCGUAGCUCCUGCAUAG